ACAUUACUGAAAACAACCACCCAAUUGCUGUUUCAAAACAUCCAGUGAAGGAGAGUCCACUUCCAUUUGACAGAGUGAAUCCCCCUGUUGAACUAACCAGACCUUGGUCUAAUCCAGUACACCAAUCCUGGUCUUCUUAUCCACCUAGAUCCACCCAAGGACCCCACCAUGAGUGCCUACCUGGACAACCAAAAUGGAAGAGUGGGCAUCAUUUCCUGCCAGGUUGAUAGCCACCCACGCUCCAGGAUGGCGUUAUACAAAGGAGGGCAGCUGGUGGCUAGCACCAACAGCUCCAGAUUGACCACUGGUCGGCGCUUCAUCGUCUUUUCAUCCUACAACAGCCUGAGAGUGGAGAUUCAGGACAUCAAAGCAGGGGAUUCGGGGCAUUACGUGUGCCAGGUUGGCAACCAACUUGGUGAUGCAGCCAGUGUUAUUGACUUCAGGGCAGAGAGACUUUCUAACCUCCGUUUGUUCAAGAUCCUAGCUGGAAUCUUCAUUGCCUUGGUUGCUGUGGCUGUUCUUUCUGGCUUGGUGUUUGGGAUGAAAAAGUACUAUCCCCGGAUAAGCGAAGGCUUCCAAAGAUGCAAAGAGUGGAAACGCAAGAACAACGGAUCAGAGGAGAUGGAAACGAGAGAGGAGACAGUCCAGCUGAAUGAACAAAACCCAGAAACUCCUCCAUCCUUGGGGCGAUUCUGCCUUUCCUAUAGACGUCUGGAAGCAAAGAUGGAAACUGCCCCCAGAGAAGGACCACCUGGACAGAGCCGUACAAGUGCCUUGUGAAGGACGGGCGGAAGCUUCCAGUAGGGCCAGAACUGCUAGAGGACUUUGUCAGUCAUGGAGGGCACCGACGUUCAACUAAAUGGUGUCUCCCUGGAUAGGACAAUAAUUCUGAAUGGGCCCCUGAACCCUGGAAGAAGGCGACUUGAUCCAUCCUAAGACUAGGCUCAGCCCUCCACCACAAAAUGAUCUGGCAAAAUUGGACCACCAAGACUCUGGUGUAGUUGAGGGAACUUACAAAUGCAAAAGAACUAGCCGUGGUUCUGUUGUUUUAACUUCCUGCAUCUAAGUACAGUUAAUUCCAGCUGCACCGGGGAUGCCAUUACUAAGUCCACAAAUGCAAACUGUAUCAACAUAUUCAUCACUAAUAAAGAACACAAUCAUCAAAGAAUAGGGGCUUCACCAACACUUUGAUCUCUAGUACUAUCUUCAUCCCGUCAACCUCAUCACAACCUCCACCGCACGCUUUCUCCAUCACUGAGCUUGCAAAGAGCAUGCUGCAAAUAAUGUGACCUUUUACAAAUCACUUUUGUGGCGAUGGGCCAACAACCUUUUACAAAUAAAGUCACAACCUGUA